AUGUUAACUCAUUGUCUGAUGCCUCAAAUUAGAAUUUCAGGACGGAGAGGCAAGAGGAUAUUCCAAGAGCUCUUCCCAGCAGAAAAAAAUAAUGGUUUCCAAAGGCUCCUCUCCCUCUACUUCAAUGAGAGGGCAACCGAAAAGGUCCCUCUUGGUGACCAAAAAAUUGUCUUGGCCAUUGUGGGACAAGGGAUGCAGUGGGUCAAAAAAGUUGGAUACUGGGCUUUUGAGGAGUCUCUCUCUAAAGCAAGCUCAUGUGUGUCCACGCUCCCACCAGUAAAUCUGUGUAACCUAGGGCUUAUCCACACUUCCUUUUCCCCUGUGAUUUCCAGUCAUGGGUCCAAGAGGUUCUUUUUUUGUCCCACUGCUUCCUUCACUAGGAAAACCUGUUUAGUGCUGAAUUGGAAUAAAUGCUUAUCUACAGAAAAUCCAAUAGAUGGGAUUUACCGAUUCAGCAGUAAACAGCGGGUAUUCCCAGGGAAAGCAGUGGAACCCAUACCUAUUUUGUGCCUAGAAAUCACAGGACAAACACAAGUGUGGAUGACCCCCACAUUAAGGGUUUAA